AUGUCAUUUACACUUCUUACACAACAGGAAAUAGAACAAAUACCACAUAUUAUCUAUGAAAAGAUACUUAUUGAAUAUAAUAGUGUCUUAGACUUGAAUACAUCUGUAAAUCAAUUAAAUAUACAAAAUCAAUAUAAAAUCAAAGAUUUAAAUAAACAAAUUGAUCUUUUACGCUCAUCAAUGUACAAAAACAAUUUAAAAUGUUUUUUUUUAGAAAUUGAAAAUGAAUUUUGUAAAUUAAGAGUAGAGAACCUUACGAAGGUUUUAAAUAUUCUUGAAAAAGAUAAUAUAAAUAAUAAAGAAAAAAAACAAAUAAAGGAAAAAAAUUCGUUAUCUAGUAAUAUAGAUCUUAAUCUGAUGUCGAAACUUAUACGCAAGAUAAAAACUCUAUCGAAAAAAUUAAACAAUGAAAAGUUUAAAUAUAAAAAAAUACAUUCUGAAUUUUUAAGUCUUUUAAGAACUAAAGAUCAAAUAUACGAAGAUUACUGUAAAAAUUUAAUUGACAGUAAAAAAAUGGAAGAAUAUUCGAAUAUGUUAAAUAAAAACAUUGCAUUAGAAAGAGAAUAUUAUAAAUUGAUGGACAUGUAUAAUAAACUUGAUUAUGAAUAUAAUAAAAUUAUACUUGAAAACAGAGAUCUUAAAUAUAAAUAUGAGAGAUAUAUUUUAAGUAAUAGAGAUGACAUAAUUCCUGUUAUAGGUAGAGAACUAGAUUUAAUUAAAGAUAAUAUAUUACAAGUUAUUAGUAAUAUAGAUAAUAUUUUUUGUAGUAAUUUUUUGAAUGAAUUUUGGAUGUAUUCUAAAUUACUAAAAAAUAAAAUAGAUUUUUAUAAGGAAACAUUACAAAAUGUAGAUUUAAUUAAAAAUGAAAUUGUAAAUAUUUAUGAUAUUAUAAAUGUUAUGCAUAAAGACAUUGAUAAAAAUAACAAUUUGUUUACAAACUUAAGUAGAGAAACACAAACAUUUAAAGAGAUGGUAAAAGAUAUUUUUAAAGAGAAAUUAAAGAAGGAUAGUUAUUCUAAUGUUAAUUAUCUUUUUUUAGAAAUUUACAGUUAUAAACAAAAAAUAAAAAAAUUAGAGACUACUAUUCAAGAAAAAGAAGAAGCUGUUAGUGAAAAUCAAAAAAUUUACGAACUAGAAAAAGAAAAGUGUGAUAAUUUAAUUAAUCAACUUAAGGAAAAAGAAGAAACUAUAAAAUGCAAUAUGCAAAUUAUUGAUGAGAAAAAUAUAGUUAUUGAGAAACUUAGGUAUUUACUAACUAAACUUAAAAAAAUAAAAGAGGAAUACACUGCUUUAAAAAAUAACACAAAUUUAGAAUAA